AUGUCAGGCGUUAUUGUGAUUCUUGCUACUGUCAUACUUCCGUUCACGUUUCUGAAAAGUCCUGGAGAAUUUUGGGGUGUGAUAGUCCUUGCAAUGAUCACCACCGUAAUCGCUGUUAUGUCAAUACUUGUUGGUAUUGGAAUUGACUCUGCUGCAUGCUUUCCGGAAGUGGCAUAUCCUGAGCAAACAUCGGGCACCAUCAUCUUGUCUCUG